AAAUACUUCUCUCACCUCCUCUACAAAUAUCAUCACAAAGCAGUGUGGAGAAUCGAAAUCAAGCGGUGAAGUCCAAACCCAAAUAAAAAACAAUGGGCCGAGCUCCCUGCUGUGAUAAAAUGGGGCUUAAAAAAGGACCUUGGACUCCUCAAGAAGAUCAGAUUCUCGUCAAUUUUAUUCUCAGAAAUGGCCAUGGAAACUGGCGUGCACUUCCCAAGCAAGCAGGACUUUUGAGAUGCGGCAAAAGCUGUCGUCUGCGGUGGAUUAAUUACCUGAGACCAGACAUUAAACGUGGGAAUUUCAGUUCUGAAGAGGAGGAAGCCAUUAUAAAGCUUCACCAACUUAUGGGCAACAGGUGGUCUGCCAUUGCCUCACGCUUGCCUGGAAGAACAGAUAAUGAGAUAAAGAAUGUGUGGAAUACCCACUUGAAGAAAAGGCUUCUGCGAAUGGGAAUCGAUCCUGUGACGCAUGCAGUAACAAAGCAAUCAGAUUCACCCACAACAGGGGAAAAUUUGAUUUCUCUGGAUUACUCUGACUACAGUAAGGAGUCAAGUCCGUCAAUAAAAGAGGAAACUUUUGCUGUAUCUCAAGAAAAAGCUUCGGUUGAUUACUCUGAGUACAGUAGGACGGCAAGCCCAUUAAUGGAGGAGGACAAUUUAGCUCUAUGUCAAAAAGAAAAAGCUUCAGUUGAUUACUCUGAGCAAAGUGGGCCGACAACCCCAUUAAUGGAGGACAAUUUAGCAAAACCAGCUCUGUUUGAUUCUCCCACUAGAGUCUCUAAUUUUCCCGACACAUUCUAUGAUUCACAGAAUCUGUCAAUCGAAAUUCCUUCAUCUAUGAGUAGUAUAGACAGUGAGGUUAUAAGUGGGGAUUCAUCAAGUUCAAGUUUGGAUUGGCUUCAAUCCAAUUCUAUAAAUUCUUUUGAGGAACCACUUGGAUUUAGUCCACAACUACCAGCUAUUGAAGAUGAGAGAUUUCUCUUUGAAAACCAGGAUUUUGCAACAGAAAUAAGCAGAUUUGAGGUGAUGUUUGGAGAAAGCUCAAAUGGGAAUGCUCAGUCUUUCAUGGCAGCCUAUCCAGAAGAUGAUUUCUUGAGCAGCAUAGAUGAUGAAUACACAAAUCCCCAUUUGCAAACCAAAGAUGAUGAUUCUGACGGCAUUAGUUACUGGUUAAAUGUUUUGAGUCAAGCAGGGUCAUCGUCCAUGUUAUUGUAGGUUUUUCUGCUUCAUUUGGCUCCCUUACAAAGGGAGUGAUUUAUUUGCAAAUAUCCCCCACUGACCACAUAAUUGAAUACAUUUAUUUUCUAGCUUCUUUUUUUCCCCGACGGAUGGGGCGUCAGGGGACACAGUCCAAAGUCCAAAGUCCAAAGAGAAUGAUUAAUUGUAAAUUUUCCAUUUAUCUUUCUUAAUGAUUAAUUGUAAUGUUAUUUUUGUC